ACGCUUGCUCACAAUGUUGAAAUUCAACAGUAUAUAAUGAGUACAUAAAUGUAGUGUACAUGUCAUAUCUCAAGCAUGCAAGCAUGUUGGCACACUGGCCAGCAGAAUAUUUCUGACCCAUUCAAAAGGUUAAAUGGUAAAAAUAUGAAGUUUACAUGAAGAUAUGUCAGUUCAAUGUGUAGCCUACUGUAGUCUAUUAUUUCGACUCUGCUUGUAUUAUGAGUAAAUCAAAUUUGUUUUUAUUUUUUCUUGCAAGGUUGAGUAAUUGAGUUGUAUUUGACUGUUCCACUCUCUGCCACGUCCAUCACUGGGGAUAGAUAGGGGGAAAACACUAUUCUCUUCCUUGGGUACACAAUGUUUCUGUUUCUUUGUGCCAUAAAUCAAGCUAAUUGGGGACCAUUAUAUGUGUCGACUGUGUCGUUUUUCUAUUGUCUUUGCACUGUGAAAUUAGUUUUAGGUUCAAGCCCAAAACUUGUCUAUUUCUGCUUUAAUUACACAAGACUGAAACAGUUUAAUUGGCAUUUUUAAACUCCUUUGAGAAGUGUUUCUUACGUCUAAUAUGGUGUCGGUGAAUUUCUGUCUUACAAAUACAUCAAAUGAAAACACACCAGAAGGGCAGCAUUAAUCCACUCAAGAAGUCACUUCAGUGGUAGAGAUCGACUGGAAAGGUUAUUGGGAAGGACUAGUGAAGCUAUGUUUAGUAUCGUCGCAGCCACUGGUGCCUUUAAGAGACGAGCGGGUGGAGAUCAGCAACAUGAGGCCGCGGCACCAGAGAGUGUAAUGUGACUUUCCAAAUAGAAACCGAAGCAGCGGAGGGCACCGCGUCGGGGAACACAAGCGGCCUCCUUUCUUCUCCGUGCAACACCACCUAAAACAAGAUAUGGCUUCUGCCAGCAGCGUGCUGUCUAAGGAGCAGCUACUAUGCCCCAUCUGUCUGGAUUUGUUCAACCAGCCAGUCUCCACUCCUUGUGGGCACAACUUCUGCAGGGACUGCAUUCAAGGAUACUGGAAGAGCGCUAAUCUGUCGCAGUGCCCCAUGUGCAAGCACAAAUUCUACAGGAGGCCCGAGCUCAAAGUCAACACCUUCAUUUCAGAGGUGGCCUCCCAGUUCAAGAAGUCGUUGGAAAAAACAGACAAAAGUGAAGCAUGUACAGUGGACCAAUAUUUAGGCCAUGACGGAAGUGUUUCAUGUGAUGUGUGCGUUGGGAAAAGAAUCAAGGCUCUUAGAUCCUGCCUGGACUGUUUGGCCUCCUUCUGUGAGACUCAUCUGGAGCCACAUCAUGUUCUCGGCACCUUCAAAAAACACCGCCUGGUUCAUCCCACGAUGAACAUGCAAGACAGAGUUUGUCAGAAGCACGAGAAACUCCUGGACCUGUUCUGCAACACUGACCAGACGUACGUGUGCCAGCUCUGUAUCAAGAGAGACCACAAGGCUCAUCACACGGCCAAUAUAGAGGACAAGGGCAAAGACCGGAGAGCUCAAGUUGGAAAGAUAAACAAAGAGGUGGAUAAAAUGAUCCACGUUCGACAGCAGAAAAUCGCCAGAAUCAAUGAAACUGUUGAUCUCAGCAAAGGAAACACAGAGAGGGAGAUUGAGGAGAGUUUGCAAGUCUUCGCCCGACUGCUGCACAUUAUCCAGAGGGGCCAAGCGGAGGUGGUGGAGGCGAUCGAUGCGAAGCAGAGACAAGUUGAAAGCAGGGCCAGUGGGCUCAUCGUUGAGCUGCGGCAGGAGAUCGAGGAGCUGAGGCAAAGAGCAGCAGAGCUGGAGCUGCUCGCGCACACCGAAGACGACUUUUACCUUCUCCAGAGCUCCCCAGCUUUGUCCACACUGCCAGCCACCAAGGACUGGUCCGACACUAAUGAAGAAAGUGCUGUAUACGUGGGAACGGUGAGGAGAGCAGUCAGGGGAGUAGUGUGUCAGCUGGAGGAGACUGUCAAGACCGAGGUGAAGAGGCUGUGUGAGAGCGAGUUCCACAGGGCUCAGCAGUGUGCUGUGGAUGUAACUCUGGACCCUGACACGGCCCAUCCCAAACUGGUGCUGUCUGCAAACAGGAAACAGGUCCACCAUGGUGAUGUAGCGCUGAGCCUCCCUGACAACCCAGAGAGAUUUUACCCCGGUGUUAGUGUGUUGGGAAAGGAGGGUUUCUCCUCGGGCAGGUUCUACUAUGAAGUCCAAGUGAAAGGGAAGACAGAGUGGGACAUCGGAGUCGGGCUUAAAUCCGUCAACAGAAAAGGAGGGAGUAUGCUAAACCCUGAAGGAGGCUACUGGACCCUGGGGAUGAGAAGGGACAAGAGCUACUGGGCGCUCAGCAGCACUCCCAUCUGUGUGCCGCUGGUGGAGAGGCCCCAGAGAGUCGGGGUGUAUGUGGAUCUGGAGUGGGGGCAGGUUUCUUUUUACAACGUCGACACUGCUUCCCACAUUUACUCGUUCACGGGAUACUCAUUCAAUGAAAGACUCUUCCCCUAUUUUAACCCCCGGCGUAAUCAUGGCGGCAUCAACUCAGCACCUCUGAUCGUCUCGACUGUCAAUGUCUAAAAUCGACUUAUAAUGCUUUCAUGUCCUUUUGUAUCAUUUAUCAUUUUCGCUCCGUUUGAUUUGAUUUAAUAAAGUUUUGGUUACUUAGAC